AUGUCCGAUAAAGUUGAAGAUCUCUCUUUACCAAACGCUGUCGUAGCACGAAUUAUCAAAGAGGCUCUUCCACCAGGAUCUAUCGUUGCCAAGGACGCAAAACUUGCGAUUGCUAAAGCUACAUCACUUUUCAUCGUUUACCUCAGUCAAACUGCUACAGAAGUUGCUUCAAAUAACAAGCGAAAAACGCUAAAAGAAUCAGACAUCAUCGAUGCUCUGAGUGAGACAGAAUUUGACGAUUUGGUUCCACUUGUGAAAUCAGAGCUCGAAGCUGCAAAAGUGAAGAAAGCUAACAAGGCAAAAGAAAAGAAGGAAAAAAAAGCUGAAGAAGAAAAGGGUGAAAACGAGGCUGAAGAAGAAGCCGGCGGUGAAGUGAACACUGAAGCCGAUAAAGAAAACGCCGAGCAGAAAAACAAUGAGGACGAAAUGGAAUCGUAA